GUUAAUGCAGGUUCAAGAUAGUUGUGUACUGUGUAGAUGUGUGUCUAAUGGAUGUGGAGACCUUUAGAAUCAGAUUUCACUGCAUUCCUUUAAUCUGAAACCAUGCACUCCCCUCUUCAAGAGCUAUAUAAGACCGAAUAAAAGAAAAUGAAGGCACUCUCUGGCUCGACUGUUUUUCUCCCUCUUUUGGUUAAGUAAAAGCACGUUAUUAGACAAGAAACGAUAUUAUCAGUAGAUAACUUUGAAGUUCACAGUUUCCUGUGGGGAUUAUAGUCAUAGACGGAAAGUGAAACUACAUACGGUCAUUGAUACACGUCGAUCUUCCUUGACGCAUAAAGUGGUCGUCUGUCUCGACAACUAAAUGGAUAAUUCUUAACAUUUAGGUUUGAGCAGAUGACCAGAUACUCAGAAGUGCAGUUAAUGGUCAGCUCCUGUAGCUGGACUAUUCUUACAGAUACACGUUAUUUACAGACACUGUUCAAAUGUAUUGGUACGAGGCAUGUAGAAUAUUGUCUGGAGAAAUAAUAUUUGUAUAUGGCUAGCCCUCUGGAACUGGAAGCAGCUUGCUUUGAAUAAAUACAACUUCUUUGUUCGGAACUUAAACCCAGAGAAGUGGAUUUACUGAAAUCUAUCAGCAACCUGGGCCAACAUGGGAAACUUUUGGGAUUGUUGUGGACGAAAAAAUACAUGUGACCAUGCAGAGGAUGAGACUAAAGGUUUAUUGCACAGCUCUGACUCAAAGACAUCAACUAAGGCAGGAACGGAAGUCUGCACUAGUCCAACUUCAGAAGGAGAGCAAAGGCAUGAAGAUGAAACAAAACCACAGCUGGGUGAAUCAGUUAUAACCAAUCAGCCAAAGGACAGCCCUCAGAUUCCUAACCCAGAGAGCUCUUACUCAACAACAAUAUUACUAUUAACCACUGAACGCUCUCUUGAUGCUGAAGGUAAUCGCAAUGUUUCUCCUGAAAUAGCUGCAACAGAAGCUAUAAUCUUAGCUAAAGAACCACCAAAAACAGAGACUGAAAUCACUGAAGAAAUCCAAAACCCUGAAGCUGAAGUCUCAGAAGCAACUCAAGAUACAGUCAAAGCACCUGCGGAGAACGUUUCCUUAUUGAAAGGGGAGACGGAGGCUCCGCACGGGUCAGUUGAAGAAGUAGACAUCACAGCUGCACUGACAGAUGAUGCAGGUGCAACCGCAACAAGUUCAGAUUCAACAGUAGCAGCUGCCGUAGAGACACUUGUUAAGGAAGCACCUGUUGAAGAAGAGACUGUGCUUGCUCAGGUAGAAUCAGAGAACUCCACCCAACCAGAGCCAGAAGAAUAUGUGGAGGUGAUUGUAGAUGAGAAGGAAAUGAUCCAAACUGAGGAACUAACUCUGAGUGACACCAAUGAAGCGAUACAUGAAGAGGCUGGUCUCAGUGACACUGGGGAUAUUUCACUGAUGGACAACAGCAGCAAAGAACCUGACUCGUGUGUUUUAGGUACGUCUAAUGAGUUGGAUGUUAUUGAGGAAAGCGUAGCUGAAGAGACCGCUGAGGAACCCAUCGUUGAGCAAACAGCUGAAGUAGAGGACAGGGAUAUUCAUUCUGAAAUGGCAGAACAGAAGCAAGUGACAUCUGAAGUUUCUCAAACUCAGGACCAUUCACAGGAAGCUUCAUCUCCAAAUGUGGAUAUUACCAGUGGACUCUCUCCUGUCAUAGAAAAUGGUCUUGUGAAGGACCCUGGGAGUCUGAAAGAUGAGAAUGAAAUAAAAGAUGACAUGGUGGUGGAAAAGAUGCUUCAAACAGAAGACAUUGUCCAGGAAUCAAAUGAAGAAACCUUGGAAUCUGAGAGUAAAGAGCAACUGCCGUCUAAACCCUCUACACAAACUGGCAGCACUAUUGAUGUAGACAAACCGGAUGUUAUGGAUUCUGUGAAAGAUCUAGAGGAGAGUGAAAAGGUUGCAGAGCAAGAGUGUGAGACUACAGAACUCGUUCAGAAUGGUCUAGACUCCACAUGUGCCUCGGUGCGCUCAAGCCCCAUUGAGAAAACUAGACUCACUGAACCAACCAGCGAUUCAGUUGCUCUUGAAGACACUGAGGACAAAGAUGAGGUUCCUGUGUUGAGCGAGACUAAAUUAAUGGACGAAGUUGUAAAAGAUGCAGAAACUGGACCUCAACAAACAGAAGACGAACAGGAGAAACACGAAGAGGAAGCAAGCGUCGCCAAGGAAAACGAAGGAAAAGAAGACACUUCUGCCACCCCAAAAUCAGAGAUCCUUUUUACCUGCAGUGCAGUAGAGGUGAAGCUUAUACAGGAGGAUACAGAAGAAAGUGUGGAGGAAGUACAUGAGACACUAGAUGAGAGUGCAGACCUAUAUCUGGGAGCUGAGGAGAUUGAAAUGGGAGCCAGCAAUAAAGAGCCAUCCAAACCACUGCUGGAGCUCACAAUUCCUGGUGUAGAGAGCAGAUGUAGCUUAGCACCAGCCGUGGAUAUCCUGGCCUACAGUGAGAGAGAAUGGAUGGGAAACACGGCCAAAAGUGCUCGCAUCAGAAAGGGCUACAGUGAGAUGUCCCGUAGCUUUAGCGGACUGAGGAGAGUCAGAGGCGAUAACUACUGUGCUCUACGAGCUACACUGUAUCAGGUGCUGGCAAACAGCACAAAUGUUCCCGACUGGCUGCAGGAUGAAGGCUUUCUACUGUUACCAGAGAAGAUUGAAGCUGAGGACCAUUUGAUUGGUGGAUGGAUUUUUCCUCCAGAAUGCAUGCUGGGAAAUGAGAAGGAAAGUUCCGUGGAGAGAAUAAAAUGUUAUUUGGAUCUCUUUAAGAAGAAGUGGCAGGCAGCAGCAGCCUGUGAGAGCUCCGAGGAGAAGCACGAUUUGUGUGAGCGUGUUUUUCAAGGUGGAGAAGAGGAGUAUGGUCUUCUGGAAGCACUAAAGUUUCUAAUGCUGGCCAAAGCUGUUGAGCUUCAUCACAACAUGACGGCAGAUCAAGAAGUGCCUGUGUUCUGCUGGCUUCUUUUUGCCCGCGACACAUCAGAAAACCCCCAAACCCUCCUGGCCAAUCACCUGAGCCAGAUCGGUUUCAGUGGAGGGGUAGAACAGGCAAAGAUGUUUCUACUGGGCUAUGCCUUAAAGCACACCAUUCAAGCCUUCCGUCUGUACAUGACUGACACAGAGGAAUUUGUGACACAUUACCCAGACGAUCACAAGCAGGAGUGGCCCUGCGUGUGUAUCGUCACAGAGGACGAUCGCCAUUACAACGUCCCUGUCAGGAGGAGCGUUCAACACCAGCAAAGAGAAGAUAUCAAUGAUAUCACAAUGACUUAACAACAGAGACCUCGGAGAACAAAUCUGAUCUACAAAGUGGCAUGAUGUUUGUUUUUUUGAUCAUUUGUUGGUCAUCCAGUGAAGGGAAUUUACAGCGAUUUACCGAAAUCAAAUUGCAAGCAGAAGUGCUCAGGUUUUUCCCCUAAAUGAAUCACAGAACUAACAUCGGCCGGUCAGGAAAUACUGUGAUUAACACUGGUUCAGAAAGGGGGAAAAAACCCUUAACUGCCUUUUUACUUUAACACUGUUAAUUUUGUAUUAUGCAUUGUUGGUAAUUGUGUUGAUUUACAUUGUAAAAAAAAAUAAUUAUAAUAUUAAUACUAAAGAGUUUUUAAAAAUUUUAGAGAAUUUUAAUUCAAAAGAAUGUAUUGUGGGUGAGCUAUAGUAUGGGAAAUUAGAUAAUGGUCUUUAAGUUAAUUUGUUAUUCAAAAAAAUAAAAAAUAAAAAAAAAUUCAAAAUACAAAAGAAAUUUUAGAAAAUAGAUUGAAGCUUUUUUUUUAACACAUUCUGUCAGACAUUUCGGCCCAUUUUUCUAAACAUUAUUCAUAAAACUGAAAAUGUUUCUGUUUAUUUUUCUUUUAUGAUUUUAGAACUAUUUUAAAUGAGGCGCUACAUAAAAUAUUGUCAAUUAAAACAAUUUGGAGCAUUAAAAAGGGGUCAUAUGAUGCUUUUUAAAGAUCAUUAUUUUGUGUAUUUGGUGUAACAGAAUAUGUUGACAUGCUUUAAUGUUCAGAAAACAUUAUUUUUCAAAUACUGUACAUUAGGUCAAGCUCAAAAGGGGAAUGGAGUCGUGUGACAGUGAUGAAGCUCUUACGUGUUUGCAAGUACACAUCCACAAAAGGUUAAGACAGCUGACUCCACUGUGUGACCUUGUCUCUCUCUCUCUCACACACACACACUCACACGUGCGCGAGACACACAGAACUUUGCAUUUGAACAUUCAGUAGCAAAUACUUAAACUAAUAACAAAAUAUACUGAUUCAGAAGUGCUAGAUUGUUGUAGCAAAGUCAGAAUUACUUCCACUCCUAGGUUCACGAACCGGUCAUCCAUAAAAUGUGUUGCUUUUCUGUUGUAAGUAAUCUUAAAGAUUCCUAAAUGCAUCUACUUUUAGAAGGCCAAAUAAAGUGGUUUUGCUUUCUCCUAGAUACACACAGCUCCUCCCUGACAUGACUGCUUCAACACUAACUGCGGUUACUAAAACCACGGCUUCUUUCAUUGCGUGAACAUUUGGACAGCAUUACGUAAAAUAUUUCCACAUAGUGACGUACACCUGGGGGCGUGACAGAGAAUUUAACUUCGAUAAGGAAUAUCUCUUUGGAUUUGAGACUUUAGUCUUUGCAGCUUUUCAGAUCUUCUUUAUGCACCAAGAGCUUGUAACACUCCAAAGAGAAAGGAACUAUUUAAAUUACAUCAUAUGACCCCUUUAAGCCUUUUUUUUUUUAAGCCAGAUUAACUUAUAGGUUUUUGACACAAUAAAAACAACAACGUGCAUAAAUCAUGUUAGUAGACAGCUGGUGAUAUAGAUGCCAAAAAGAGUUUGCAACAAAGCUUAAUAUUUGGCUCAUUGUGGAGUGAAUGAACUACUUGCACUUUUUAUUUUGAUGUUUUUUUUUUUCAUGCUCAUCUGAAUUUUUGUAUAUAUGACAGAUUAAUGCUGAAUAACUUUAUUGCCAAACAAAGAAAGUUAUACAGUAUUGGUUAUGUAAAAUACUCAUUUUUCAGACCAUUUUAGGAAAUGUGAAUAAAAUAUUCUGUUCUAUGACAA